AUGUCGGACGUGCAAGUGUCGGUGGUGCUCUCACCCGUCAACCUCAACGCCGAGCUUGCCCUCGUCCGCUCGUUCACCCUCUCUGCCUCCAACCCAACCAUCGAGAUUGGACGCUGUUCAAAGCGUGGAAUCAAGAACCGCUCCCCCGCUCAAGAUAAUGCGUGGUUCGACUCCCGAGUGAUGUCUCGAGACCAUGCUGAGCUGAGCAUCGCUCCAGAAAUACACAAUAUCUACAUCUGCGACUAUGGUUCAACUCACGGAACAUGGAUCAACAACUCAAGACUGAUCAUCGGCGAGAAGACUCCGCUCAUCCAUGGAGACGUUCUGACAUUUGGUGUGCCUGUGGACCGAGAGGAUGAAACGUAUCCCGCUCUGGUGGUGAAGUGCAAAUUCCACUGGGUCGACGAGUAUGACUCACCUGUUGUCCGUAUUAGCAGGCUCUGGACUGACUCACUAUGCAGAUGUCCUACCAGCGAUGAAGUUCCAGUGAAGUCCAGCAUCAUUGAAUGCAUCACCCCUCCCGCGUCAAAGCUCAGGCCCUCUACCUCCACCAACACUUUCUGUGUCCCCGAAGAUGACAGUGAUAUCGAAGACAUCCUAGUUCCAAAGCCCAUCUGUGUCGAUGAGGACGAACAACCUCUGCCCCAGACCGUACAGGAAGAGCAGCAUAUGGACGAAGAGCUCAAGUCUUCGGAAAAUGAAACCUCUGAUUAUGGAGAUGUCCUUGAAGACGAGUCCGAUGAUUCCACAAACUCCGACGAGGAGGAAUCAGAGCUUGAGGAAUCGGUAUCGUCUUUGCUCAUCAAGAGCACUGACUGUGCUGAUGUGAGUGAGGAUGUAAAUGCUGACGUGAGUGCUGAUGCGGACGCGGAUGUCGCCGAGCUUGACGCAUCUCAUUACGAGAACGUCUUCCCUUGUUAUGAUAGGGAGCACGACGGGUUCCAACCGCCCCAUGAAGAUGAUUCUGAUUCUGAAUAUGCCUCGGACUCGGAUGUCUUGUCUGAGAAAGAGUCUUCUGUUGAGAACAACUCUUAUAAUGACGAUAACGACGACGACGACGAUGGGGUCUACAUCAAUACGAAUAUCAUUACUGCUCCCUUCGUCAACCCCGACGUGCUUUCGCUAGAAAAGCUGCACUCUGUGGACACCGCCCCUCAUAUCAAGCCCGAGACUAUGGAGCCCAAGCCUAGCAACCCCCUGGUCAGUCCCCCAGCAUAUCAUUUCCCAGGUCCAUCUUUCCAGCCUGGCCCUUCAUUUUUGCCUCCUCCGUGCUAUGAGGCCAAUCCAUGGAGAAUGCCUCAAAGCUUUCCCCCUGCACCUCACAUACCUUAUCCGCGCUUUGAAUACGCAGAUGGCCCCUUCUCGUGCAAGUAUGGCUCCACAUAUCAGCGGAACUUUGACUCCAAUCCAUCAUCUCCUCUCAGAGAGCCCACCCCGCUUCCCUCGCUCCCCAAGGAGCUCAGCUCCGAUACUGAUUCAGUUUCCCUGAAGCGGAAGGCCUCUGAGAUGGAGACCCAAGAUGCCGAGCAACAAGAUGCACAGGAAGCCGAGAUUAUUGCCCCUGCAUCGCAGCCGGAUCUCGAUAGCAUUCCCAAACCGGAACUGGUUAAUGCUAUCACAUCCGCCCUCACAGAGAGUGAGCCUUCACCUAAGCGAGCCAAGACCUCGCACUCUUCAUCCAAUACCAUGGCUGGCUACACUGCCACGGCAGUCAUCAGCGCCCUCCUUGGUGGUCUCGGCACCAUCGCUCUCCUGGCAGCCCUUCCGGCGGAGUACUUCCAGUAG